AUGGAAAAGCGGGUAUUUUGCCAACUGAACGGCAACCGCAAAGUCAUUGGUAUCCUGAGAGGUUACGAUGUAUUCAUGAACAUCGUGCUCGACGAAGCUUUCGAAGAGAAGCAGGGCGGAGAGAAGGUCGCAAUUGGCAUGGUGGUCAUUCGCGGUAACUCGGUCGUCAUGCUCGAGUACGGAGUUUACGGGUCGGUUGCUCUCUUUGGAAUGAUCGAAGGGCACUUCGAUUUUAUCUCAAGCAUGUUUACGAUCAAAUUGCAGUUUCAAUAUUUGAGGGAUCAAAUUCAGGGGUUCCCUUGCCUGAUGAUUGCUAUGCAAGACAUCAUUCAUAACAUGGCUCGAGAAUACCGCAUCAAAUGGGCAUGA